CAAGGCUGACCGGGCGGGCGGGUCCUGCUCUCUCAGAGGCGGGUUUUCCGCCAAAAGGGUUUGGUUGAUUUGCUAUCGAUCUGAGGAAGAGAGGAGAGGGGAGGAUUCUUAGGUGAGGCAGGGAGAGAGAGAGAGAGAGAGCGGAGCCGAGAUGUAUUGCUACUACAACUAGACUAAACUCAACCAGGACGGAAUAGCCUGCUAGAGACACACCGCGGGGUCCGGGAAGGAAAUCUGAUGCAGGGGGCGAAGAAGGAGUGAAAGUUUUCGGUGGAAGGACUUUUAUUUUUCCAUCGCUACUGUUUUUCCCUUUUCCUCCUCCUCUCCUUUUCUUUCCAUUCCUCCGCCCUUACGGAUCGAAUUCCGCGGAGAAACUGCACUUGAAUGCCCCUGCGCACCCGAGGAGGAGUGGAAGGAGAGAAGAGCAAGGAAGGAGAAGAGAGCGAGGGAGAAGGAGAGCAGAGGCCUGACUUUUCGGAAACCCCGCCGCCGCCCCUCACCCCUCUCCCCCGUGGAUAUCUGUCCCCUCUCCCCUCCUGGCCCUGCAUGGACGGGGAUGGGGAGAGCCGGAUGUUAUUACCGCGGGGCUGAGAGCCUCGCAUCCUUGCCGUGUGUGCCCCACCUGCGGCCGCUGCUGCUGCUGCUCCUCGCUCUCUGCUACGGGGCGCACAGAGGUCAUUGCCAGGUGGCCACCCCUCAGUGUCGUAUCCAGAAGUGCACCACAGACUUUGUGUCCCUGACGUCUCACCUGACCCCAGCGCUGGAUGGCUUUGACGUAGAGUUCUGUAAGGCUCUGAGGGCCUACAGCGCCUGCACCCAGAGGACAGCCAAGUCCUGCAGGGGCAACCUGGUCUUCCACUCUGCUGUCCUGGGCAUCUCAGACCUCAUGACCCAGAGAAACUGCUCCCGUGACGGGCCCACCUCCUCCACACACCCCGAGAUACAACCAGAGCCCUGCAACUACCACAGCCGUACCCAGCACACUCACACACACCCUCAUGCUCAUACACACCCUCACUCUCACACACACACUGACACGCAGCCGGGGUACCUGUUCUGCGGGCUGUUUGGGGAUCCCCAUUUGCGGACGUUUAAGGACAGCUUCCAGACCUGCAAGGUGGAGGGGGCGUGGCCGCUGAUUGAUAACAACUUCUUGUCUGUGCAGGUGACCAACGUUCCUGUGAUAACGGGAUCCAGCGCCACAGCGACCAAUAAGAUAACCAUCAUAUUCAAGCCCUUUGAAGAGUGUACAGACCAGCGUGUGUACCAGGCAGUAACAGAUGACCUGCCCGCUGCCUUUGUAGACGGUACCGUGAGCAGCGGAGACCCCAACCAUAACGUUAACGGAAAUAACGGUGACUCUACCGGUAAGGUACGGGCGCUGUGGAUCUCGGAGCGUAGCCCCGGUCACCACGUGGAGCUGCACGCCGGCUACAUCGGUGUGACGGUUAUCGUACGGCAGCUGGGGCGCUACCUGACUCUGGCGGUGCGCAUCCCGGAAGAGAUGGCCCAUGCCUACGACGCUACGCAGGACCUGCAGCUCUGCCUGAACGGAUGUCCCACUUCGGAACGCAUCGACCGGGGAGGUCACCUGCCCCUGCCUCUCCCUCUACCACCUCCAGCCCUGGGCUUACAUCUCCAGCAUCCACAAGGCCAGGGCCAGGGUCAGCCCUCACACACAGCCCCAAACAGCGCCCCCCAGAGGUUCAGUGUGGAGGGUGCACGUGCACGCUGCAGGGAGCAGCUGGAGUUACAGGAUAUUUAUUUCCACUCGUGUGUGUUUGACCUCCUGACCACUGGGGACGCUAACUUCACGGCAGCGGCGUUCAGUGCUCUGAAGGACAUGGAGAGUCUCCACCCUCACCGCGAACGCUGGAGGAUCUUCCCGCCAAGCUCCGCCUACACCUCCCAGCCUAUCACAUGGCUCCUACUGCUCACACACUUUGCACUUGGCUCUGCACUGGUAUAGCGUGUGUGUGUGUGAGUGUGUGUGAGUGUGUGUGUGUGUGUGUGUGUGUGUGAGAGAGAGAGAGUGUGUGUGU